AACCAAAGUGGAACUGUAUUUGGGUUACAAAGUGAGCUUCCUUAAGUCCUGAGCCCCACAGAGUCUCUCCUCGCUCCGCAGCGUGCCCUCCCGCAGAUGGGAGCGAGCACCGAGCCAGAACGCAGCAGCUGGUGUCUCCGGGCUGUAAGCAGACGUCUCCCCUCACACCACCGCCUUUCCUUAUCUGCGGCCCAGCGACGUGGCCUGGCUCCUUUUAUGAACAACAAAACCGUGAUGGGGGUGACAGGAGUCAGAAACAAUUCAGCGCAGGAAGCCGGGGUAUCCGGUGAGAAGUAAGACAGGAUGCGCCCUGGGUCAGGGGGCCUUGAAAGCCCUCAGCCUUUGUGUCCUUCUCGGCAACAGAGCGUCCACGUCGGAGCCCCGGGCUCCCCUCGCAGCUCAGCUGGGGCUGCCAGCCUCCCGCCCAGGGGACCCAGAGCCCAUGAUGGCCAUGUCGUUGGGCCUGCUGCUGCUGUUGCUGCUGGCCCUGCCCCGGGAGGGGGCCGCCGAGGGGCAGGAGGCCGUGGUCUGCGCGGGGGCGGCCUGCUACACAGCCCACUGGGGCAAGCUGAGUGCGGACGACGCCCAGCAGCGCUGCAGCAAGAAGGGGGGCAACCUGGCCACGGUGAAGACCGAGGAGGAGGCCCGGCACAUCCAGAGCGCCCUGGCCCGGCUCCUGCAGACGGCGGUGCCCCCGGCGGGGCGCAUGGGCCGGUUCUGGAUCGGGCUCCAGCGAGACAAGGGCAAGUGCCUGGACAGCAACCGGACGCUGAAGGGCUUCAGCUGGGUGGGCGGCGGGGAGGACACGCUCUACACCAACUGGUACAAGGGGGCCAAGAACUCCUGCAUCUCCAAGCGCUGCGUGUCCCUGCUGCUGGAGCUGUCGCUGCCCGCCCUCGGCAGCCUCCCCAGGUGGGCCGAGGGCCCCUGCGGGAGCUCCAGGUCUCCUGGGAGCGGCAUCGAGGGCUUUGUCUGCAAGUUCAGCUUCAAGGGGAUGUGCCGGCCCCUGACCCUGGGGGGCCCCGGCCGGGUGAACUACAGCACCCCCUUCCAGGCCAGCAGCUCCUCCCUGCAGGCUGUGCCCUUUGCCUCUGUGGCCAGCGUGGCCUGUGGGGACGGGGACGGGGUCGGGGCCGUGAGCUUUCAGAGCUAUUUCCUGUGCAAGGAGAAGGCCCCUGACGUGUUCGACUGGGACACCUCGGGGCCCCUCUGCGUCAGCGCCCAGCUAGGCUGCGACUUCAACAACGGGGGCUGCCAGCAGGAGUGCUUCGAGGGCGGGGAUGGCUCCUUCCGCUGCGGCUGCCGGCCGGGGUUCCGGCUGCGGGACGACCUGGUCACCUGCGCCUCCCGGGACCCCUGCAGCUCCAGCCCAUGUAGUGGGGGGGCCACCUGUGUCCCUGGGCCCCUCGGGAAGGACUUCACUUGCCACUGCCCCCAGGGCUACCAGCUGGGCCCCACUCAGCAGGGCUGCGUGGACGUGGACGAGUGCCGGGAUGCCCCCUGCGCCCAGGAGUGUGUCAACACCCCCGGGAGCUUCCGCUGCGAGUGCUGGGUGGGCUACGAGCCCAGCGGCCUGGGAGAGGGGCCCUGUUGGGAUGUAGACGAGUGCGCCCCUGGCCGCUCGCCCUGCACCCAGAGCUGCACCAACACCGAAGGCUCCUUCUACUGCUCCUGCGAGGAGGGCUACAUCCUGGCCGGGGAGGAUGGCACCCAGUGCCUGGACGUGGACGAGUGUGGCGGCCAGGAGGGCAGCCCCUGCGGCAGCCUGUGCUUCAACACGGAGGGGUCCUUCCGCUGUGGCUGCCUGCCGGGCUGGGAGCUGGCCCCUGACGGGGUCUCCUGCACCGAGGGCCCCACGUCCCCUGGCCCACCGCCCAGGCCUCCCCAAAGGGGGCACAUGGGCAAUGAAGAGGGGACGCUUGUGCUGUCUGCCACCACACCCAGUUCCACCGGGGACCCUGAGGGCACCUCCAAGGUGGCACCCACCUCCAGGGGAGCCUCCCUCCCCACCAGCAUCCCCGUCCCCGUCUCCCUGGCCCCACCUGAGAUGCUGGCCCCCAGUGGGACCCCUGGCACUGGGACGGAGCCCAGCACCCAUCAGCCCACGGCCACCGCUGCCCCCAGGGAGCUGGCAGGGGAGGACUUCAAGGCCGAACAGAGCGACGAGGGUGCGGACGGGCAGAGGCUGCUGCUGUUCUACAUCCUGGGCACCGUGGUGGCCAUCCUGCUCCUGCUGGCUCUGGCUCUGGGGCUGCUGGUCUGUCGCAAGCGCAGGGCCGGGAGGGAGGAGGAGGAGAAGAAGCCCCAGAGUGCGGCCGACAGCUACUCCUGGGUCCCUGAGCGCGCCAAGAGCAGGGCUACGGAGAACCCCUACAGUCCGACGCCGGGGACAGACUGCUGAAGGUGAGGAGGCCCCGAGACACUGACAGCAGCCACCGUCCUCAGAGCCCUCUGCCUGCCAGAAGCAGGACCCCUGUCCUCCUGAAAGACUGGACUGGAAUCGUAACAAAUCCUUGUAAACCUUGUCUUGAAACAUCUAGCAGCUUGAAAGGUGCAGGCUUCCCACGCGUGGUGGGUGGUGUUCCCGGAGUGGGAGUUGGUGGGGGGGGGUGAUAUUUCAGGAAUUUCAUGCGUAUUUACCACCCCCCUCCGUCUCCCUGUCCAAACGCAAACAUACGGAGCUCAUUCCGCCCCGUGUCUGGAUGGGGCUUGACAAGGCAGGUGCUAAUGGGGCCCCUUGGAACUUCUCUGCCCACGCACGUCAUCUAGGAAGAGGCCUGAGCCAGAGCCAGUCAGGGCUGGAAUGUGUUCCUCGUGGUGUUUCGGAGGCCACGGCGAGGAAUUGUUUGAUUCUGUAAGAUGCUGUUUCUGUGGGAGGGAGCAGGGUCAGAACUGGGGGCGUCCCUUUCCAUUCAGGCGUUUGCAUCCCCAGCUCUCCUGAGCUGGGAGCCACCUAAAUCCUCCAGAGCGACCAGAAGCACACGCAGCCAGCAGGCAAGGAGGCAGGAAGUUUAGAAAUCGCACUUUCCAGCUCUUCAGGUUCUGCGAGUCUUCAGUUUAUCUGCAGGUAAAGUCUGAACAAUGUGGGGAAAGUCACAGGCAGUGAGUUCAAAGGGCUUUUGGAAACAAGAGUGAGAGGGCAGGGUUUGUCUCCAAACUACUUGAAUCAGUGCCUCUAAAUAAAUGCACGGAUGUUGCCGCA